AUGUUAGUCGCCAUAUUAAUAUUCAUCUGUAUAUUCACACUGCUGUUAUACCUGGAAACCAAAAAACCAAAGAACUACCCACCAGGUCCAUCAUGGCUUCCCGUAGUCGGCAGCGCUGUAGCCCUUUUCAAGGAGCGAAAACUAAACAAAUUCCUCUACAAAGCCACAGUCAAGUUGGCAGAAAAGUACAGCCCAAAACAUCGAGUUCUUGGCUUAAGAAUAGGCAAAGACCGAAUUGUGGUCGUCUGUGGGUACGAGAGCAUAAAAGAAAUGCUCCUAAAUGAAGACAUUGAUGGAAGACCCACUGGUCCAUUUUACGAAACAAGAACUUGGGGCGAGAGACGAGGUGUGAUUUUAACCGAUGAAGAAUUUUGGCAAGAGCAGAGAAGAUUUGUGGUCAGACAUCUUAAAGAAUUCGGUUUUGGACGUAAAGCCAUGGUCGAUCUGAUACAAGAUGAAGCCGAGCAUUUGCUGCUGGAUAUCAAGUCAAAAGUUGGCACUGGUGAAAAACUUUUGCCUAUGCAUGAUGCUUUUUACGUGUGUGUGCUCAAUACUUUAUGGUCGAUGAUGGCUGGUGUUAGAUACUCCAUCCACGAUAAGGAAUUACUACAACUUCAAGAUCUGCUUGCAGAACUAUUUGCUAACAUAGACAUGGUAGGAUGCUUAUUCAGCCAAUUCCCUGUCCUAAGAUUUUUGGCACCAGAACUAUCAGGAUACAAACGAUUUAUAAGAAUACACAAAAAGCUCUGGGAAUUUUUGAAAGAAGAACUGGAUAAACACAAACAGAAUUUGAAGGCAAAUGAUGAACCUAGAGAUUUUAUGGAUGUUUACUUAAAAAUGAUAGCGUCGCAAGAGAAAAAUAGUUCGUUUUCUGAAAAACAAUUGUUAGCUAUAUGUAUGGAUAUGUUUAUGGCAGGUUCUGAAACUACGAGCAAAGGUCUUGGAUUUAUGUUUUUGUACUUGGUACGGAAUCCUGAUAAACAAAGAAAGGCUCAGGCUGAGAUUGAUGCAGUGAUUGGCAGAAACAGACUGCCUACGUUGGAAGAUAGACAAAGUAUGCCUUAUUGCGAAGCCUUGGUAAUGGAAGCAAUUCGAUUGUUCAUGGGAAGAACAUUUGGAAUACCACAUAGAGCUUUAAGGGAUACUAAACUUUGUGGUUACACCAUACCAAAGGAUGCAAUGGUGAUAGCAAACUUCCACGGAAUCCUGAUGAAUCCUCGCCACUGGGACGAUCCUGAAGUCUUUCGUCCUGAAAGAUUCUUGGAUCCUGUCACUGGUAAUUUGAUCUCACCAAAUUACGAACAAUACAUUCCGUUCGGUCUUGGAAAACACAGAUGUGUAGGAGAACUUAUGGCGAGAUCGAAUACAUUUUUAUUUACGAUAACACUUCUGCAAACAUAUACAUUUGAUGUUCCUCCUGGUGAAGAAAUGCCAACUGAAGAUGCUGUCGAUGGUGCAACACCAGGAGUCCAGCCUUUUAAUGCUUUAGUUAAAUAUAGGGAUUGUGCGUAA